CUGGCAGUCGGAGCGGCUCCCCGGUCGUGUACUGACGAGUACGGCCCUGAGCACCAUGAGCUCAGGGGCCCACAGGGUGCUGGCUGGGGAUGGACACAGACGCAGCCGCAUCCCCCGCAGCCAGGGCUGCUCCAGAGACUCCUCCCCCACCCGCCUGUCUGUUGCUCCUUCCAGCAUUAGUUCCAUCUACAACGGAGCGAGCCGAGGAGCUCGGGGCAGUCGUAUCCCUCGGCCCAGUAUGAGUCAGGGCUGCAGCAGAGAGGCCAGCAGGGAGAGCAGCCGGGACACCAGCCCUGUACGCUCCUUCACGCCCCUUGCAACGCGGAGCUACUCUCGCUCCACCGGAGCUCUCCACACACCUGAUACUUUUGGGGCAGCAGGAUCAGGUUUUGGCAUCAGUCAGUCCAGUCGUCUCUCUUCCUCAGUCAGUGCCAUGAGGGUCCUCAACACGGGCUCCGACGUAGAAGAGGCUCUCGCAGAUGCACUGCUGUUGGGAGACAUGCGGUCCAAGAAGAAGCCAGCACGGCGGCGGUACGAGAACUACAGCAUGUACUCUGAUGAUGACGCUAAUAGUGAUGCAUCAAGCGCCUGUUCGGAGAGAUCCUACAGCUCCAGGAACGGAGGAGCCAUCCCCACGUACAUGAGACAGACAGAAGACGUAGCCGAGGUGCUGAACCGCUGUGCCAGUGCCAAUUGGUCAGAGAGGAAGGAGGUGCUGGGCCUUCAGGCGCUGCUCAAGAACCAACGCACCCUCAGUCGGGUGGAGUUGAAGAGGCUGUGUGAAAUCUUCACCAGGAUGUUUGCUGACCCUCACAGUAAGAGAGUGUUCAGCAUGUUCCUGGAGACACUGGUAGAUUUCAUCCAUGUCCAUAAGGAGGAUCUGCAGGACUGGUUGUUCGUCCUGCUCACACAGCUGUUGAAGAAGAUGGGAGCUGACCUGCUGGGCUCCGUACAGGCCAAAGUUCAGAGAGCCCUGGAUGUCACACGAGAGUCUUUCCCCAACGACCUCCAGUUUACUAUUCUCAUGCGAUUCACUGUGGACCAGACACAGACACCCAACCUCAAGGUGAAGGUGGCCAUUCUGAAGUAUAUUGAGACUCUGGCGAUACAGAUGGAAGCUCCAGACUUCGUGAACUCCAGUGAGACUCGGCUGGCCGUCUCCCGCAUCAUCACCUGGACAACUGAACCCAAGAGCUCUGACGUCAGAAAAGCAGCCCAGUCUGUGCUAAUCUCGUUGUUCCAGCUCAACACUCCAGAGUUCACCAUGCUGCUGGCAGCUCUGCCCAAAACCUUUCAGGACGGAGCCACCAAGCUGCUUCAAAACCAUCUGAAGAACACUGGCAAUGUUGCACAGGCACCAAUGGGCAGCCCUCUUACGCGCCACACCCCUAGAUCUCCAGCCAGCUGGUCCAGCCCGGUCACUUCCCCCACCAACACCUCCCAGAAUACCCCCUCACCAAGUGCAUUUGACUACGACACAGAGAACAUGAACUCGGAGGACAUCUACAGUUCACUGAAAGGUGUCACUGAGGCGAUCCAGAACUUCAGCGUCCGCAGCCAAGAGGACAUGAAUGAACCCGUCCAACGGCGGGAGGGCGAGGAGGUCAGUAGAGCAGACAGGUGGAUGUGUUGAUCAGUAUGUGUCGAG